AUGUCUCCUGAGACUUUACUGAAUAUAGAUUCAUGGAAAGACAUGCUGCUGAGUUCUAAAAUUUAUAAAGAGAGUGUCUGUCUCAUAGCAAUAGAUGAGGCACACAUUAUGGAUUCAUGGGGUGAAACAUUUAGACCUACAUUUGCCAGACUUGGUGAGCUGAGGUCCCAUUUUCCCAGCACACCAUUUUUAAUGUUAACUGCCACAUGCACACAACAUAUCCUGAGGCAAAUUACAACCAGGAUCCACCUACCAAACUUGAUGAUGUUUAGUGCAUCUCCUGACAGGCCAAACAUAUACCUUGAGUGUCAAAGAGCCAGUGACAUUUUCAAAGACCUUCACUGGCUAUUUGAGGAGGUGAAGGAAAAGGGAAUUAAAACGAGAAAGACAUUGAUAUAUGUUAGAAGUUUAAGUAAAGGUGGCUGCCUGUACAGAGACAUAUUAGGUCAUUUGAAAGAGCAUGCCUUCCAUGAGAAAAAGAAAACUCAGCAAAACAGCUAUAUUGCACUUUAUCAUGCUGGGAUGAAUUCCAAAGACUUGAACUAUAUUCUUCAGGAAAUUUCUAAACCAGACAGUGUCAUCAGGAUUGCCAUAUGUACCAUUGCUUUUGGCAUGGGCAUAAACAUUCCUGAUAUUGAUAUUGUAAUUCAUUGGGGUGCUUGUUAUUCUAUUAUGGACUAUUGGCAGGAGGUGGGUAGGGCAGGGCGAGAUGGAAGGGAAGCAAAAGCCUUAUAUUUUAUUACACCGGGAUCACUUUUGCACACAAGUGAUGAUAUGAAGGAGUUGUGUAGAUCAGUAGAGAAGAAGGAAUCCAAGUGUUUUCGGCAUGCUAUCUUAUCUCAUUUUAUUGGCCAUAAAGGCACAUUACAACCAGUUUGCACACUACAGUGCACACAAUGCAAGUGUUCUUUGUGCAAGUGCUGUUAUUUGUGCCAUCAAGAUUGUCCGUGUAGGAAUGACAAAUGAAUGACAAAACAUAGAGGAACCGUCUGUGGAUGAAGCUUUGGGGAUGUAGUCUUGGAUCACCUCUUGAAAGAUAUUCUCUAUUGCCUUCCCCACACUGCCAACUAUUUUGCUGCAUCUUGAUACCUGUGUCUCACUGUACUGUCCAUGGCAGUUCUUCAGAUUGGCUGAAUAGAAGUGGACCAUGUCAAGUCUCCAGUCUUCGAUGAGUUGGUGAUCAUCAUUUUCACGUUCAGCUGAUGUCUGCACCAUAUGAAGGAGACCCCGCCAAACCAUACACCGGUUGUAAUUAAACACAGAAUCUUGGCUCUCUUGUUCUGCCCCUUAAGGCAAAGUCUCAUCAAGGGAGGAGUCAUAGUCAUCAUUCCAGUAGAGGAUUGUGUCAUCCAGAAACCUAGGAUCUUCAGAAUCUGAGGUGGACUCCUGGUCGAGCUGAUUGUCAUCUCCUCUUAUUGCCUGUUGGAUGGACUGCAUGUCAAUAUGAGGCCAAACCAGGUUGAUGACUUGUUCACAAAUGUUCAUAAACAGAUUUUGAACUGCUACUUUAUCUGUAGGAAUGGUUUGACAUAUCUCAUCUAUGUUGUCUAUAUUGAUUCGAAACCCAAACUUGUUUUUUAUCUGGAACAAGGAUCCUUUGUCCCCUACUGUGCUUCCACUAAAGAGACAGUUCAUGGAGUCCUGCAGUACAAUGCACCUCUUGUGAAAGCCUUGGGGACGAGGAAUGAGGCCCUUCAGUUGGUCCGUCUCAUCCUCACUGAAAGCCAUAGAGAGUUUGGCAUCCACCAUCCUCUCCACACUGAGUUGGUCCCCAUGGCAAAGGAUAGGAUACGGCUUUGCAUCCUGAUAAACUGGAAGAUACUUCUGCAAUGUCGGAGUAUUCAUGGCUGUGUGGAGGGAGUUCCACUUCACAGAAUUGUUGAAAGUUGCGCUUCACCAUAGUUUGGACCACAUAUUCCAUCCUUUGCUUUAGAUGUUGCCAAUCAAGGG